AUGGCAUCCACCUCGACUGAUGGCAGCAAGACGCUGAGGCCGGGAACAAUUGAGAUCCCCACCUCUCGUGGCAGCGCAGACGCUCCCAUGUCGCCGCGCUCGUGGAGGCACAGGACCACAACCUACCACCCUCCUUCAAGGCAGCACACCGCUGCCUCAUUAGAUGCCGAAGACUACUUUGUUGGUCCCCGUGACAUGUCCAAGCACUCCAAAUGGCCUUUCUUCAUGCGCAUGCACGGCUCGGUGCUUCCCAAGAUGAUUCUUCCCUUGACCGUCGUCACUCUCUGGUCCACGCUCAUCACCUGCAUCUGCGAGUUCGUUUACGAGCUCAAAGUCAGCAACUUGUUGCUUACUGUCCUCGGUUUCGUCGUCGGUCUUGCCAUUUCUUUCCGGACUUCAUCUGCCUACGAGCGAUAUACCGAAGGUCGCAAGUACUGGUCGCAACUCCUCCUCGUUGGUCAGAAUUUCUCGAGGACCGUCUGGGUACAUGUCGCCGAGCGAGAAGGUGAACUCGGAAAGGAGGAUUUGCUCGCUAAAGUUUCGGCUCUUAACCUCGUCACUGCCUUCUCUCGCUCCCUCUUGCACAAGCUCCGAUUCGAGCCCGGCAUUGACUAUCCCGACCUCAGACCGCGCGUCGAGUACCUCGAGACCUUCGCCAAGGUUGCCGAAGCCGAAAUUCCCAAGCCCAAGAAGCCGGGCAAGAUGAAGGCUGCAGGAGAGUCCCUGGGUGUCACUUUCGCCGAAUCCAACCCUCGCAAGAGGAUCAAGCGCUCCAAGAAGCCGCUCGGAAACCUGCCUCUCGAGAUUCUCAGUCACAUGUCCUCCUACGUCGAAUACGUCAACCAGAACGAAACUCUGAAGAACGGUCUCUAUCACAACCAGUUGAUCACUUCUGUAGUAGCAUUCAAUGAUGUUCUCGUCGGUGUCGACCGUGUCCUCAAUACCCCGCUCCCCAUCGCCUACUCUAUUGCCAUCUCCCAGAUUACCUGGGUCUACGUCAUGAUGCUUCCUUUCCAGAUGUGGGACGACCUUCGCUGGGUGACCAUCCCCGGUAGCAUCUUCGCCGCCUACAUCAUCCUUGGUAUCGCCGCUAUUGGACGUGAAAUUGAGAACCCCUUCGGUGAAGAUGUCAACGAUCUCCCGCUUGACUCCUUCUGCGAGGAACUCGAGGCUGAUAUCGACUACAUCAUGAGCAACCCGCGCCCGCAGGUUGCAGAAUUCUUCCGCAGCCCUUUCAACAAGCCGCUCAACCCGCUCAGCGAGAAGAGCUUCGACGGCUGGAUGGGUCGCAGCAAGCAGGAUAUCCGCGAUGCGCUCAUGACCAAGACCAAGUCAGAUAUGCGCAUCCGCAACAGCUUUGCUGUGGGCCGGAAUCAGGAGGAGAACGAGAAGCAUCCUGGCCAGUCGCAGCCCAGUCAGCAACAGCAGCAGCAACAAGAGGCACAACACUAG